AUGGCCUUGGCCUCCUUCGCGGUGUCGCCCCCAAUCGCCGCCUGCGCCGCCGUCCUCCGCCGCGCCAUGUCGUUCUCCUCCGUCUCCGCUGCGUCGCAGACGAGGGUGGGUGUGGUGCAGAUGACCUCCGUGGGGGACCUCGACGCCAACUACGCCACCUGCUCCCGCCUCACCAAGGAAGCUGCUGCGGCCGGAGUCAAAUUUCUUUGCUUCCCUGAGGUCUUCUCCUUCAUAGGAUCCAAGGAUGGCGAGUCUGUUAAGCUAGCCGAACCAUUAGAUGGCCCAAUAAUGCAGAGAUAUUGCUCACUUGCAAAUGAGUCAAGUAUUUGGUUGUCUCUUGGAGGGUUUCAAGAAAGGGGCCCAGAUGAUUCACACCAGUACAACACUCAUGUAUUAAUCGAUGAAUCUGGAAAAGUUAGGAGCUCAUACCGGAAAAUUCAUUUGUUUGAUGUGGAUGUACCUGGCAACAUGGUGUAUAAGGAAAGCCGUUUCACGACAGCAGUGAUACCGUCGUAG